CCACAGCGUAUUGAGAUGCUACUAAGCACAGAGUUAUUUUUUGCUUGCCUUCAAGAUGGCAAAAUAUCCCUCGGUCCUGGCCUACCUUGCUUACAAAACACGGCUUUUGGUUGGAUCGCAGGUGGGGUAAUUGAACAUUCAACAAACGAUUCUGCAUUCAUUUGCAAUAUCGCUGUAAACGCAGAGUCACCUAAGGCAGAUGAUAUUCUCAAGCGAUUUUGGGAAAUUGAAGAGUUCCCGCAAUCUAAUCCAGUUCUAUCAGAAGAAGAGUCUUAUUGUGAGAAACAUUUUCUUAAAAACGUGACCGUUCUCAACAACGGUCGAAUACAAGUCCGGUUACCAUUCAAAACCGCACCUUCUGUAUUAGGCAACUCAUAUGAAAACGCCAAGAAAAGGUUUCUACUGCUCGAGCGCCGUUUGAGCCGUAAUACUGAAUUGAAGCAAAUGUAUGAGAACUUUAUGAAGGAAUAUGAAGAUUUGGGACAUAUGUCGCGCGUAGUCGAUGUUGAGUUAAGCAACCCACAUUUUGUGAUACCACACCAUUGCGUCAUGCGACCAGAGAGUACAACAACAAAGUUGCGUGUAGUUUUCGAUGGCUCGGCAAGCACAUCAUCAUGUAAAUCGCUUAAUGAAAUACUAAUGGUAGGAGCAACUAUUCAACAGGAACUUAUUAUAACGCUUUUGUCUUUUCGUUUGCAUCGGUUUGCGAUCACAGCCGAUAUAUCUAAAAUGUAUCGCCAAUUUCUUGUCGAAAAGGAUGAUCGGAAGUUUCAAUUAAUUAUUUGGAGAAAUAAAGAAGAUGAGCCCCUUCAAAUGUUCGAGCUCAAUACCGUUACUUAUGGUUUAGCAUGUUCCCCAUUCUUAGCAAUCCGUAGUUUGUUUCACAUUGCCGAUUUACACAGCAAAACGCACCCAGUAGGUGCGGCUAUUAUUAAAAGGGACUUCUACGUAGA